AUGGCAGCUUGUCAUUAUAAUGACAAAUAUUUCAGGUUUAAGCACACAAGGAACAGAGCAGGUCCAGGGCCUUCCAAUACACAGUCGGAGGCAACAGAAAGUGGAAAGCAAACUGGCAGUGCUAAUCAGAAAACAGGAGACAAGCCCAUUAAUGGCAAGAAACAAGAAGAGAGUAAAGAACAAGGCCCCUUUUAUUACAUUGGAGGCACAAAUGGAGUUGCACUUAUUGUCAGCUUCUGUGAAAGCAAGGGAUGGAAUCGAAUAUUGGACAAUACCCGACAAGACUACCUAUUGAAAUGGACUGAUGCUAACAGACCGUCCGACCACCAAUGCUUUCACGAAGGUAAACAGAUGUUAAACCAGAUCCCAAACAAUAAGGUUCUAACCAACAAGUUUGGCCUCUGCUCUUCCCUCAAGGACAAUGAACGCAUAAUGAAUAAGUAUGGCAGGAUCAUGUUUUCAAAAUUCAUGAAACUGGAAGAAUUUUAUCCUGAAACGUACCGUAUGGAUCUAAAAAGUGAACGCUAUGCUUUCCAUCGAGUCUUCCGAGAAGGCCAGACUUGGAUAUCUAAACCUGCUGAAUCAAGCCAAGGCAGAGGAAUCUUCCUACUGAGGACUCUCAAUGAUAUAACAGCCUUCUUUAAAAAACUGGAAAGUGUGGAGGAAAAUCCCUAUUUCAGAAUGUGUUCCUACAAUUCUCCUCUUAACAGAAUAGUACAAAGAUAUGUCGCUGAGCCCUUACUCCUAGAAGGUAGAAAGUUUGAUGUCCGUUCCUACUUUUUGAUUGCCUGUACCUCGCCCUAUGUGACUUUCUUUUGCCAUGGUUAUGCCAAGUUGACCUGCAAAGAAUACAGUCCAAAUUCUGAUGACUUGACGGACCAUCUAACCAAUCAGUUCAUACAGAAAAAGAACCCCCUGUACAAUGAGAUGAAGGAGGACACAAUCUGGUCCAUGGAGCGCUUGAAUGCCUACAUUAAUGAGAAAUAUAUGGAAGCAAAACAUCUCCCAAGAGACUGGGUCUUCACUGUUUUUACGAAGAGAAUGCAACAGAUCAUGACACAAUGCUUCAUUGCCACAAAAGCCAGACUUGGUCAGAAACUGGGCUACUUUGAUCUUCUGGGUUUUGACAUUAUGAUUGAUCAAAAUUUCAAGGUCUGGUUGCUUGAGAUCAACUCAAACCCAUCUUUACAGAUAAAUUGUGAGAUUCUCAAAUCAGUCAUUCCCAAAGUAAUGAAUGAAACCCUUGAUUUGGUAUUUGAGAUCUUCACAAAGUGUUCUCGAGGACUGUACAUCAUGCCGCUGGAGGCACGGAAAGAAUUUGUCCUCCUUUAUAAUGGUUCCCCAAAAGAGCCAUUUGAGAAGAGAUUUAAGGCAAGGCUCGAGUACAGGAUUUCAGAGAGAGCAACCAUUCUUAAACGGCCUCAAAAGGCUGACAACAGGCCCCAGAUAAAAGUUCUGACCAGUUUAGAGUUUAUACCAACAUUAGAUUCUACUCUAAAUCACACUAAAGCUUCUCAGAGGUUCAGGUCACUGUUUUCUCAAAGGCCACUCCCAGAAAUUUCACUCGUACAACAUUUGAGUUCUGCCAAGGCUAAACUUAGAAGUAAUCUGCAGUCAAGCAACAAUUCAUCUGGAGUCUCUUCAGAGGAACAGAGUCAAACCAAGCACAGUACAGAGCCAGGCCUUUGCAAAGAAAGGAUAACAGCUACACAGUUAGUACCCAAAAAUCAUUCUGCCAACAGUCAGCUGUGCAAAAGCUUGGAGAACACAAUGACAUUUAAUGCUUCUUUCCAUUCCCUGAUCAUUACUAGGACUCCACUUACAUCCAAGAAAGCCACUGCAAAACUAUCUGAGAUGAAAAUUCGCCCCAAAGAGAUCAACACAUGACAUAGCACAGCCAGUACUGGCAGGAACGCAUUUUGUUUAAUAAUUCACACCAGUUUUAAAAGUAAAUUGAUUCAUGGAGAGCCAAUCAUGAAAUGUUCCGAUCUUUAACAAACACCUCCCGAGAGGUGAGAGAUUGACUUUGUUUUACUCCUGACACUGUGUAGUCAAUGCUCCAUUACAAUCAUAAGUUACUCAGC